AGCUUUCCCACCCGGCGGGCGGAGCCUCCGCCGGCAGCGCUGAGCGGCUACCCGGACACCCGCCUGGCCGGGAGCAGACGGGACCCGGCCCUGCUUCCGCCGCUGACCGCUGCUUACUCUGGGGCGGCAGAGCGGCCACGGCAGCAACGGGACGCGCGGAGGGGCGCUGGGGCAGAUGCCCUGUGCGUAUACCAGAGCUCCCAUCUCCACCGUGCCUUGCACUGAGUCUGCCCGACGAGAGUGACGUGAUCUCAUAUUCUUGAGAUGGCAGCUUACCUCGGUGGCCCUGAGCCUGGGGACCUGAUUGAGAUCUUCCGACCAGCUUACCAGCACUGGGCCCUCUACCUAGGAGAUGGGUACAUCAUCAACGUGGCACCCAUAGAUGAAGGGUCCACAUCCGCAUUUGCCAGCGCCGCCUCGGUGUUCAGCAGAAAGGCCCGGGUGAGGAUGCAGCUCCUCAAGGAUGUGGUGGGAAAUGACACCUACCGUGUCAACAACAAAUACGAUGACAUCUACCCUCCCCUCCCGGUGAAGGACAUCAUCCGUCGUGCUCAGAGGCUGAUUGGCCAGGAGGUGUCCUACGAUGUGCUUGGCAGCAACUGCGAGCACUUCGUGACGUCGCUGCGCUAUGGCAAAGCGGUCUCUGGCCAGGCUGACACCGCAGUCACUGCCAUGGCGGUUACGACAGUUGCCGCUGGUGUUGUCACCUUGCUGAGUUUCCUUCGCAGCAGAACCAGAGAGCGACAGUACUGACAGGCCACCAGGAUGAGCUCAGAGCAGGGCAGGAAGCAGCCUUGGAGGGACCUGGGACAAUUUGUGACCACAGCUACCACUAAGACUUACUAACAACUUUCACCCUUGCUGAGAGUAGCACUAACCUGUUUGCCACAUCUGCUUUCAUUUUACCCCCCGGGAUGAUUUUUGUGGUAGGCUGGAAGCACUUGCAAGGAAAUUCUCCACCCUUACACCCCCAGUGCUCUGCUGAGGGCUGGCGCAGGCUUCCUGCACACAUCCUGGUUUAUUAUCAGCUACAUCCUGUGAGCUCUUUCAGUGAAUAACCUAUUUUAAUUUGCUAUUUAAUUCAAAAUGUACAGGGAAAUAUUGCUGAGGGUUUAUUGUGUUUCCUCCAGCUGAGGGUCUGUGCAAGUGGAAAACGCCAGGUUCCCAGGCAUGCAGAAGGAUAGGCAGGGCAUGCAGUGCCUGAACUGAGCUCCUCCUCUGAGAGCAGGAGAUUGGAAGGACGGGCAGGUCUUGCAGGCUGUGCCCCUCGUUGUUUUAAAUGAUGCUGUUUUAAGUGAUGCUUUUGGCAGUGGUGUUUUGCACAUUUUUCUCCUGCCUGGAAGGUGAUCCUUUCCCUGGCUUCCCUGACUCCUUUUGAGAUAAGCCUGGGGAACAUCUGACAAAACCUCCCAGCUAGCUUUUUCUCUAGCUGCUGUUUGUUCCAGACUGAGGCUGCUGAAACUUCCCUCUUUGUGCCUGUAGUUGCAGGCUCUGGGCCUUAACAACCUUGCUAGAUCACAGACUCAUUCAGGUUGGAAAAGAUGCCUCAAGUCCAACCCUUGACCCUACUCUACAAAGUUCACCCCUGAACUGUUUGUCUCCAGGAGCCACAUCCAAAUGACCUUUAAACACAUCUAGGGGCAGUGACUCCACCACCUCCCUGGGCAGCCUGUUCCAAUAUCUGACCACUCUUGCUGUGAAAAAAAAUUCCAAAUGUCCAAUCCAAACCUUCCCCUUUGCAGCUUGAGGCUAUUCCCUCUUGUUCUACCACUAAUUGCCUUCAGGAAGACACCAGCACCAACCUCUCCACAACCUCCUCUCAGGUAGCUGUAGACAACAGCCAUGAGGUCUCCCCUCAGCCUCCUCCUCUUCGAACUAAGCAGACAGUUGCCCUUUGUAGGAUUUAUUCUGCAGGUCCCUGCACUGCUGUGGGUUAUGUACCUACUGAAUGAGCACCUGUGUUCCAGCUCCAAAUGUACACAGCUCCACUGUUUCCUUGUCAGAAAGCUGCUUUGUGGCUUGGCUUAGAAGAAAGCUGGUUUGGAAAAGUGAGGUUUAUGACUCUUUACAAGGAGUAUCUGCCUUAAAGCGUUUGGAACCAUUUAGUUGCAGACUGAGCAUUAAGAAGUUAAAUCCUGUGUUGCUUCUGCCACAAGCAGCUGCCUGGACUGUUAGAAGAGAGGAGGGCAAAAGAGCUGUGAGAGGCUUGCUAUUUCUGUCUCCUCUUGACAUGUACAUAACAGGAUCAGAAGCUUUUUUUAACAUGGGUUGUCUCAGUGUUUGAAAGAAGACAGCCAAGACUUCUGGUGACACUUUGUAGUGCCCUCAAUGACUACAUUUAAAUAAAGUUGAUGUUAAUAUUUUUUUAAUGUGGGGAAACACACCCAAAUAAAACUGAAUCUGAAAGUCCA